CGCCUAACUUCCGGGCUGCGUUACCGGGGCAACGCGUAUAGCCGCUUAGACAGGGAAACAUGGGUUCUGCAGUCACCAGUUCCAGGAGCCGUGCGACAGGCUGUGAAGGAGUGCAGGAAUCAGUUAAAGAUGUGGACAAGAUGUGGAGCAUCAUUGAUAGUUGGAGUCCUAAGACCUUGUCCAGUCCCACAGGCUCACGCUCACAUUUAAAGGGCUGGAAAACAGUGAGAGUUUUUGUCUCAUCAACAUUUGAUGAUUUUCAUUCAGAGAGGGAUGUGCUUAUAAAGAAGGUGUUCCCAGAGCUCCGGGAGUGGUGUGAGGCCCGCAAUCUCUGCCUAGUAGAAUGUGAUUUAAGAUGGGGAAUACCCCAGGACACACCUUCCAGCAAGAUUCUGGCCACCUGCCUUGGUGAGCUGGAUAGAUGUCAGCAGGACACAUAUGGAAAUGCCCUGAUGGUGAUACUGCUGGGAGAGCGUGCUGGCUGGAUCCCAGAUAUUUUUGAGGUUCCCUCUGAGGUUGUGGAACAGUACCACUGGAUACCCGGCAUGUCUAUUACUGGGAUGGAGAUACUUCAUGGAGCUUACAGGAAUUCCAAUCGAAAUGCUGCAUUCUGCCUUCGAGAUCCUUCCUUUUUGGAUCAGUUACCUCUGCAGGAGCUGACUCAGUAUCAAGAAACAGGCCAGAAGGCAUUAUUGGUGCAGUCUCUGAAGCAACAUGUGUACCAUCGGUUUCCGGCAGAACAGAUAUUGAAGUAUGAGUGCAAGGUGGAAGGCAAAGACUGUAUUUCAGGUUCAGAAAAGGUCAGAUUGGGCUUCUCCUGUGAAUUUUCUUCCUGGAUUCUACUGUUCCUCAAGACAAGGAUCAUAGAAACCUUUCCAGGGCAUGCAGAAGUUUUUUCUGAAACAGAGAAGCCAUCCUGGGAACAGUUGGAGGAAGCCCAACACCAAUUAUUCCUUCAGCAGAGGUGCCAGCUGUUUCUGGGACGUGAGCUUGAAGUACAGAGGAUCCUUGAGUUCCUACAAAUGGAAUUUAAAGACUCCGCACAGCAUAUAAACUGCAUGGUUAAAGAAGCAGAAGAGGGAAUUAAGUAUCCUUGGCUCCCUGUUUUGCAAAUCAUAGCGGAACCUGGCAUGGGCAAGUCCUCUUUACUUGCUGCCUGCUUAAUGAGAGCUGUUGAGAUACCUAACAUGACGGUGUUUUACCAUUUUACUGGCUGUUGUCCCUCUUCUGUCCAACUCAGCAACCUAGCAAUGCGAAUCUGCUGCCAUGUAAUGUCAGUUGGCCCAGAGCGUGAUGAUUUUCUGCAGAGGUUAAGAGAUUGUGUUAGAAACGAGGACCUUAAAGAAAUUAUGAUGCAAAUUCUAAAAUCAAGUCCAGUCUCUCCAAACAAAACUCUGUUUUUAUUUAUUGAUGCUGUAAAUCAGCUAUCUAAUCCAUAUGAUACGUCAGAUCUCUUGUCCUGGCUGACCACAGAUGGUUUCUUGCCACCUUCUUGCAGAUGUGUUUUUAGUACUACUACCACUAAUGCACAUUCACCUUUCUGUUUGCAAUUGGAACUACUGUCCCCGCAGUCUGCAAAGGAAUUGGCUGUCAUGUAUCUAUCCCGCUACAGCAAGACCUUGAGUCCUGAGCAACUCAGUCUCUUACUGCAGAACACCUGUUCCCAAAACCCACUGUGGCUGUCUCUGGCCUGUGAGGAGUUGCGUGUCUUUGGCGUAUUUGAGACAGUAACCCAGAAGAUUACAGGGUUUCCUAACAACCUACAAGGGCUUUUAGGAAAUAUUAUACAGCGACUGGUGGAAGAGGAUCCAGCAGCCAGAGUGAAAAAGUUACUAUGCCUGAUGCAUUGCUCUCCUGAGGGAGUCAUUGAGAGAGACCUUUGUGGAGCACUGUCUGAGCUUGAAGGUGGUCCUGAGAUACCACCGUUACACUGGGUUGCUCUUCGUAGAACUUUAGGCUGCCUGUUGCGGGUAGGCCAGGACCACAGAGGGAGAGAUACUCUUAGCUUCUUCCAUGGGAGCGUUGUAAAGGCAGUGGAGCAAUCCUUGCUAGGAACAGACGCAUCCCGGCAGCCAUAUCUAAGCAGUAUGUCCAGUUACUAUGAGCACCACUGUUCAGAUGAUAUGACUGUGGUGUCCCAGCUGCCACGGCUUCUGCAAGAGGCUAAGUUAGGUGAACGCUUGAUUCAGUUCUUAAGAAAGGACCCACGAGCCCUCUGCAUCUCUGCACCAACGCGUGCUCAAUACAUAAAGGUUCUGCGUUGCUCUCAAGUAUGCAGGGAUGGGUUCCCCAGGGCUCCUGCUCUCCUCUGCUCAUUCUGUUCUCUGCGUACUAGAGCAUUUGGCCAGCUUUUCUUGAACAAACAGAGCUGUGUUCUAUGUGGUGCUGCUGUCAUGAUCAUGGGAAGGGAAGCAUUCUUGUGUCCACAGCACUCCAGGCAUGGUGUUUCUGAGUGCCUGGUCUGUAAAUCGCCAAUCCUCGGCCCUAAUCCACCAUCUCCAGGCCUCUUGUGUAACGUCUGUGGUUUCUCCCAAACUUGUAUAACAAUAAAGGUGUGAAAUAUGUUUGCAUUCCUCAAGAGACUAGGAUUUUGUACUCCCAUGUCCUCAAUGCUUCAGACUAUGUGUUUAGGUUGACUGUGAAUACUAAGCUUACAGUAUAUGUAAGUCAUAAUAAUCAUAAUCAUUUACCUUCUGUACCAAAAAAUAAAUUGCAAAUAAAAGUAUAAAAGAUCAAUUAGUAAUAGUGUAAUUGAAUGCAAUAAGAAUUUAAGGCUCUUUUCCCCCAAUGAAAUUAAAUUGUAAAACCGCUUUCUUCA